AUGACUAAGGUAGUAGAAGACUGGAAAUUCAUGUCGAUGGUGUUGGACCGUUUCUUCCUAUGGCUGUUCACGAUCGCUUGCUUCGUAGGGACCUUUGGGAUCAUCUUUCAGUCGCCUUCCUUAUACGACACCCGCGUACCUGUCGACCAGGAACUGUCUUCCAUUCCUAUGCGCAAGAACAACUUCUAUUACCCUAAAGAUGUCGAAACUAUUGGUAUUGUUUAA